AUGGAGACGGCGGUUUUGAGCACUGUUCUCACCAUGCUAGGGCCCAAGCUCUACGCCUUCCUGCAAGACAACCACGACCUGCGGCGGAACCUGGAGCACGACAUCCAGUACAUCCGAAACGAGCUCCGCAUGAUCGCUGCUGCGAUCGACGAGCACGACCACCGGCAGCAGCGGAGCCACAACGGUGCCGUGCAAGGGGCCUGGAUCCAUGGCGCCCGUGAGCUAGCCUACGCCAUGGAGGAUUGCGUCGACCGCUUCCUGCACCGCGUAACGACGGGCGGCCACGGGAGGCUUGCCACGGUGGCGGUCCGCACCAGGUUCGCCGCCAUGAUCCAGAAGCUCAGGAAGAAAUCGGAGGAUCUUUCCAGGCUGCGAUCAAGCUACGCAGACACCGGCGGUUGCGAUGCCAAUGGCGAAUCAUCCAACUCCUCGGGGAUCUUCUUGGCAUCCGAGGCGCAUGCCCCGGCUGGUGACACCGUCCCCGUGGGGAUGGACGGGCCGAGGGAUGAGAUCCUUGCGCUGGUGAGGGAGACGCAAGGCCAGCCAAAGCGACUCAAGGUCAUCUCCCUUGUUGGUUUCGGCGGUCUAGGGAAGACCCUACUCGCCAUGAAAGUCUACGAGAGUGAUGCUGUUCGCGAGGGGUUCCAUCCACGGGUCUGGGUUUCCGCGGCUGGAAAGAGCGCGGCGAAUGUCCUCAGGGACAUGCUGUGCCAGCUUGGCUUGGGACAUGAGGAGGAUGACUACUCUGAUGUCAACAAGAUCAUCACAAUUCUCAAGACAUCCCUCCACUCCAAGAGGUUCUUCAUUGUAAUUGAUGACAUGCAGAGGGAAUAUUGGAACAGUACUAUAAAAGAUGCUUUCCCUCUAGAUACAGGAUUGACCAGCAUAGUGCUGGUGACAACAACCGUUCAUUCCAUAGCAAAUGCCUGCAGCUCUGGUAAUGGCCAUGUGUAUGUGAUGAGCACUCUUGACAAAAAACACUCGAGACAAUUAUUCUUAAGAGAAACUUCCUGGGAUGAGUAUCCACCUGGUUCAGAAGCAGCAGUGUGUACCAAAUGUGAUGGUUUACCACUAGCUCUUGUUUCAACAGCCCAGUUCCUGCAGAGCAAAGGUCAGCAGAUACCUCAGGAAUAUGCAAAGCUGUGUGACAAUCUUGGUAUGCACAUGGAAAGAGAGGACACCUUAGCAAGAAUGAAGCAUGUACUUGUUCACAACUAUACUAGCCUUCCUGGCCAUGUUAUCAAGGCUUGCUUGCUCUAUUUUGGUGUUUUCCCCAGUGGCCAUCAGAUCGGCAGAGGGAAAUUGAUAAGGCGAUGGUCAGCUGAAGGAAUUGUCGAAGCAGACCCUUUCCGGAGAUCUCUCGACGUCGCUACGGACUACUUCAAGGAGCUGAUCAACCGGAGCAUCAUUCAGCCUGUUGCUGUCAGCAGCAACACUGAGGUGAAGACGUGCCAAACUCACGGCAUGAUGCUGGAGUUCAUCCUACGUAAGUCCAGGUGUGACGACUUCAUUACAUUGCUUUGUGAUCAAGUUCACUUGCCCGACAAAAUACGCUGCCUUUCAGUACAGCAGAACAACUCUAGAAGGGGAAGAGGUUCGUUAAAUUCGAACAUUGAUUUAUCUCUUGUCCGGUCACUGACAAUCUUCGGAGAGGCAGAGGAAUCGGUACUAGAAUUCUCUAGGUAUGAACUGCUGCGAGUUUUGGAUCUCGAGGAAUGCGACAACGUGAAAGAUGAACAUCUCAGGAAGAUAUGCAAGCUGUUGCUGCUCAGGUAUCUAAGCCUUGGGAGCACCAUUACAAUGCUCCCAAAGGAUAUCACAAAGCUAAAAUUUUUGGAGACACUUGAUCUGCGAAGAACAAAGAUAAGGAUCCUGCCUAUACAAGUUAUCAAGCUGCCAUGUUUGACACAUCUGUUUGGGGCGUUCAAGCUCCAAGACAUAGGCCAGAAAAUUGCAAAGCUACAGGACUAUCUGUCUGCGAAAAGUAAGUUGGAGACGCUAGCCGGAUUUUUUACUGAUGAUGACCGAGGAUUUCCGCAACUCAUUGAUCAUAUGAACAACCUGACAAGGGUGAAAGUAUGGUGCGAGGCCACAUCCGAGGCGAGCACCAACAUUGCUCACCUUUCAAAGGCCAUUCAGGGUUUCAUCCAGAAAGGAACAAAUUUGAAUGACGUCCGUUCACUCUCUCUGCAUUUCGGGGAAUGCUUCCAAGACCAAGAACACUUGCUGAAUUUUUCCCUGGAGGACUCCUGCUACCUAAGUUGUCUGAAGUUAAAAGGCAAAAUGCAGAGGUUACCUCAGUUUGUCACCUCACUCAGUGGUCUCACUGGGCUGUGUCUAUCAUCCCCUCAUGAUCUGCUGAACAGCGAUGUCCUUGCUGCCCUAAGCGAAGUUCGCUGUCUGCAUUACCUCAAACUGAUCACACUUCACCUGGACAAGUUCGUCGUAGAACAGGGUGCACUGAAGAGCCUUCGACGGCUAUGCAUCGUGGUGAAAUCCAUGACUCGGCCAGAAAUCCAGCAGGGGGCUCUGCCGAACCUGGAGUCACUCCGGCUGCUGUGCAAGGACCUCAAUGGGCUAUGUGGAAUCAGCAUCCAGCACCUUGGCGCUGAGUGCCUCAAGGAGGUCAUUCUUGACGAAAGAAUGGGUGGAGAAACAAAAGACAAAUGGAAGGAAGCGGUGAAGACCCACCCGAGACGGCCCAGGGUCGUGUUUCUUAGAACGGGGGAGGAUGGUCAGAUAUUGCAGAAUAGGGAGGCUGCUCAGCCUGCAGACAGUGCUGCUGCACUGGCUCUGGCUGCCGAUAUCCCUAUGCCCGUUCCGGUUUUUUGACGCCGAAACAAAGCUCAAGCGUGACAUCCUAGCCCAAUAUGACGUGUGUGAUGACAGUUGUAUGCGCAUGUUUAGACUCCCUCCAUAUUUUUAUGUAUG